AUCAACACCCGCGUUAAUAACGGAUAAGGUAUAAAAUGAGGCGCUGGGAUGUGCUGAUAGUGUGUAGACAUUUCAGUUUUCAUUUCAACCCCUCCUGUCUCUAAGAAUUUCACCAUGAAUAUCUUCGUCAUUGUUGCCGCUUUCUUUAUUGGUGCGGCUUACACCAAGCCGGCUCCACCAAAAAUCGUUGGUGGCGACCAUGUCGUCAAGGGUGAUCACCCCUACCAGAUCCACCUUCGCCGCACCAUCAACUACUUUGGCAUCUUCCAGUCCACCAGCUGGGGCUGCGGUGGUUCCAUCAUCAGCGCCAACUACGUCCUGACGGCCGCUCACUGCGUGAAGGACUUUGACGGCCGCACCGAUUUGGCCGCCGCCAACCUGUUGAUCCGUGUCGGCCAGCACGAUUCCUCCGAGCAGGAGUCCCAUGCCGAGAACUACCGCGUCCGCCGUGUCAUCUCCCACAACGGUUUCAACCCCAGCACCCUGGUCCAUGAUGUGGCUCUCCUGGAGGUCGAUCCCAUCACCUUCACCGACCACGCUCAGGCCGUGCCCUUGGCCGCCAUCAGACCCUCCACCGGUGCUGAAUUGACCGUCACCGGGUGGGGCACCACCUCCUCGGGUGGAUCCGCCAGCGAGAUCCUGCAGUCCGUCAACGUGCACGUUGUGGACCGUGCUACCUGCAACGGCCCGUCCUCGUAUGCCGGUGCCAUUGUCGAUGGUAUGUUGUGCGCGGCGGCCAAUGGCAAGGACAGCUGCCAGGGUGACAGCGGUGGACCCUUGACCGCUACCGAUGCCAACGGUCAGGACAGUCUGGUCGGUGUGGUUUCGUGGGGUCGUGGCUGUGCCUUCGAUGGUUAUCCCGGAGUAUACGCUGAUGUCGUCUACUACCUGCCCUGGAUCCAACAGAACUCGGGUGUGGUCCCCGCUCCGUCGGCCGGUGCCCGCCUUUAAAUUAAGGCGAUCCUGAAUAAGAGUUUUUUCCGGCAAAUGUUUUUGCCGUUUCUGUAAAUUUGCACUCUAAAUACUGAACUCCGACAUUUGUCUAUGCAAAGGCUAAAUUUUUUCUAUUGUGAUGGAAACGCAAAAGGGCGCGAGGGCCCGGUCAGAAUAAAGAUCUCCAACGGUUG